AUGAGCUCGCGGAGGCCAUCAAAGCAAAUAUCGUGCAGCCGCUGUCAGUCAAAAAAGAUUCGAUGCAAUAGAGUCGAUCCUCGAUGCGACAAGUGCGAGGAUGCCGGUGCAGAAUGUAUAUAUUUGUCCAGAAAACCACGGGCUAAGAAGCGAAGUCAUAUCACUGAAACUUACAAUCAAGACAUUCUUCUCGGUAUACUCCACCGUCUAGAGCGCCUGGAGGAUCACUGUAGACUGGGUCGAGACACGGAAGAUCCCAGAGAUGCAUAUCCGUCAUCAAUGUCUGUUUCACCCGAUGACUCAGACAUCACUGGGCCCAACAACGACAAAAUCCAUACUCCAACCACGCGAGGAGUGGUGGCUACAGUGCUGAAUCAUAUCAGUGACCAAGGGGCUAGAUCAUUCAUUCGUUCCAACGUUUUCAACCACCUGGCGCAUGUGAAAUCUCGCUUUUUUGAAAACGAACGCUGCAUCGAAGCAAUCGUUUCUGCAAUGACAGAGAUAGAAUGUGUGGAGGAUACACAUGCAGAAGGCCAGCCUGCAUUUGGGAUCUCUAAGGAGCUGGCUAAGAAAUGGAUACACCAGUACUAUACUGGAUAUGAGUUUGAGGGAUUUCGGGUUCCCUUGGAGGAGAAUUUCGUUAUAGCUAUCCCGGACUUACUGGAAAUUCCUCACGUUCAAUUAGAUUACGCAUCUCAAAUCAUUUAUUACAACGUUCUUCUCCAAGGGCUUAUGCUGAGCACUGAUGAUUGCCCCGGAAGGGGAGGCAUUGUGCAAUAUCUCUACAAUACAUGCAUGACGUUAGUUGACGGUUGGCUGGACAGUGUCAAGAAUACGCCCGCAGACUUAUAUGCAGCAUUUCUUAUGUUAUCGAUGAUGCUCGAGGGCUGUAACAGCGAACUUUCAUGGAAGAUUUUUGGUCAAGCCUGCACAAUUGCUAGGGCUCUGGGAUAUUUCUCCGUUGAUGAGAGUCCCAAUGAACAGACUUUUAACCCCACAGAGGGUAAUACUGAAGUAGAAAAGAAUCGAAAGCGAUUCGAAUUCUGGCAUCUACUGCGCACAGACUGUCUUUUCCGCCUGUCCUUUGGUAAGCCAGCCUGCAUUCCGGAAGGGUCAUGGUCAGUAAACCUGCCUGAUCCCUCUAUCAAUGGGGUCAAAAAUGAGGCUACGCGGUUUAUUCAGAUUCAUUUUCUGGCAUCGAUGCGUCUGAACUUGGUCGCGCUCAAAUACUUGGAACUGGUGGACUCUAAUCCCGAUCUGGAAACGGAAGCAUAUGACAAAACAAUCGAUAGCCUUACUGCAGAAGUACAGUCCCUCAUGUCCGAUUGGAACACGGAGGAAUUAUCCAGCACGACCACUAACCAUGUCGAUACGUGGUUUUGCAUGGAUCUCUUGUUCAGCAGUUACCAAAUGCUCAUCAUUUUCUACCAAUCGAAGAAGUGCAACCAGGGCAGUGAUGGGUUACCGCAUCACACUGUGGACAUUGCCAGGAAGUCUCUGCAGACAUUCCAGUCUCUCUUAGUUUCGGCUCAUCAACACGCGCACUUUGGAAUUAGUCUCAUCUUGCUUCACCAAUUUGUCCCGUUUUUUAUUCUGUGCCUCAAUGCCAUUGGAUCACCUGAACGUGGUGACGUUGAAGCGGAUAUUGCCUUAGUGAUCUGGACUAGUGACACUGUCAAGAAGGCUUCUAAGGAGCGAGGGGACCUGAAACCAAUUAUGAUCGUGAUGGCAGCAAUGGCCUUGGCUUGUCAACGGGCAAAAUCGGGUGGGAAUUGAUCUGCUGGCCGGUGUCCAUCGAUGGACAAGACGAAGCGAUCAUGAUCCUUUUCAUAACAAGCGAGACUGCCUUGAAAACACUCAAUGAAUAAUCUUGUGC